AUGACCAAGAUUUAUCCCUCCGAAAGCACAGGAAGUAUUGCUGUUGGAGCAAGUCAUUCAUAUUCAAACACAAACAAUCGUCUUCAUCAGAUGCCAGGCCAUCCUCUGAGUAGCGACAAUGCUAUAAAAGUCAACUCAGAAGUCUCAUCGAGUGAAAGCCAGUUUGAGGUUGAAAAUGAUACAAGGGCAUUGUGGGGAUGUCUACCUCUUCGUCUCUUCCUAAGUUUGGUGAUUGCUUUAUUGAUUGUAGUGAGUUGCGUUUCGAUUUGGGUCAGCACCUUUGUUGUUUCAAAACAUGCAAUUGAAAGUUUGGCAAAUAAUGUGAUUGGAGUGAACAAUCAAAAGAUUUUAUCAUAUUUGGAUGCAAUGAUCAAUCCAUUGGGAAAAAUGUCAAAAGCAAUGGCAGCUGAUUUCAAUUAUGGAAUUGCGAAUGUCGAAAAUUUUCGACAAUAUCUCUUUCCGAAAUAUUAUUUCUUGGGAGCAACAAGUUGUGGAUACUUUUUUGGAUAUCCUUCUGCGAAAUAUACUUAUUCCAUCACAGGAGUUGGAAGUAAGGCAUAUUUGGUUUAUUCAUAUCAACCUCCUGGAUUCAUUGGAACGAUUCGAGACACUGUGAACAACAAAACAGGAGCAGUAAUCAAAGUGAACAGUACCAUUGAUUAUACACCUUUCUUUUCAGCUCAACAAGAUUAUUACAAUUCAACAAUUGAUUUAAGUUCAAAGUUGGGAAUUGAAGGAGUUUAUGGAUCUCCUUACAAAGCAUUGAAUUCAAGUAUGGCUAUUUAUCAUUCUUCAGUGGUUUAUGAUCCAAUUUUAUUUUCAUCGACAGGAAUGAAAAAAGCGGUUGGAGUGACUCGAAUUAACAUGUCUUUGGGUGCAAUUGUUUCAUAUUUGAGCAAAAUUGUGUUGAUUGGAAGAGGAUAUUGUUUAGUUUCUCAAACCAAUGGAAUGAUGAUUGGAGGCAGCAUUAACACUCUUGCAGGAGAUGGAGAAACGAAUUUACACUUGUUCAAUGUUACUGAUAGAAAUGCAGGAAAGCUCAUGAAAUCUCUUUUCAUGCUCUAUGACAAUGACCAAAAAAACAUUCCUCCUAUUUCUUACAUUAAUGAUGGAGGAAUUUCAUAUAUUGUUUCAUUCUCAAAAUACAUCAUUGACAAUUUGGAAUGGAAUGUGUUCCUCGUUAUCUACGAAGAGGAUGUAUUUCAAUCUCUGAUAAUGGCAUCAGGUAUUUCAAUAGGCGUAUUAGCAGCUGUCACUGUAAUAGGAGUGAUUCUGAGCAUUGUAUUGGGAAGUUUUAUUGCACAUCCCCUCAAACGACUGGAAGAACAAUUUGCUUUAAUCAAGAUAUUGGAUUUAGAGGAAGUACACGUCUCUCGAUCACCUUUCAAAGAAAUCAACAACAUUUUCAACAGCUUGGGCGAUAUGAUUGUGUGGCUAAAAGAAAUCAAGACUUUCAUUCCUGACCAUGUUUUUGAACAAAUUGAAAUGAGCAAGAGCCAAACGACAAAAAGGGUAGAAGUGAAGAAAGCUAAUUCAGUCGGAUCCAACAUUAACAAAACAUUUGUUUCUUCCCUUUCACAAUCGAAUACAGUUGGAUCCUCUUCGAAGCAUUCCAGAUCCUUAAGCAAUUCAGGAGGAAAGUUUGGAAAAAGCAUUUUUCAAAUGGGACUUCAUACAAAUGUUUGUUGCAUUGUCCAUGUGAUUUUCAAAGGUUUUGCUCAGGUGGAUACAUCUUCAGAAAAAGCUGAAUUGUUCAGCAUUGCCAUUUCAGCAAUAACACCUCUCAUCAAGUUGUACAAAGCGAAUAUGCAAAUAUUAACAGAUUUUGAAUUCCAAAUCACUAUUCAUGGAUCUCGAAGUGAUCACAAGGUUGCCCUAAAAGGGUUGGAGUGCGCUUUGAAAAUUGUGAAAACUCUUGAAUCCAUAAACCCAACUCAAUUCAUUCCUCGAGUUGGUGUGAGUGUCAGUGAGGCUGAUAUUGGAAACAUUGGAACGAAAAAUUCAAGAUUUUUCACAACAGUUGGUAAAUGUGUGAAGGAGGCUUCAAAAAUGGCUAAAAUUGCUGUUUUGUUUCAUCUACCGAUCGUUGCAGAUUCAUCUUGUUUUGACAGCUCAACAACCAAAGAGAAAUUUAUUGCCAGGCCAAUUGAUCGUUAUAGAAAAGAUAAGAAUUCAGACAUCGAAACGAUUUGGACAGUUUUAGACGAGAAGAAUCACGAAACUAACGAAUGGUUGUACGAACUUGAAAAUUCCAAACGAAACAACACGUUCGAAAAGUUCUUGAAUGCUUUUUGUAUUUUCACCAACGAAUUUUGGGAGAAAACUGAACCUGACGAUUACUCUCAAGAAUUGAAACAUAAUUUGGACGUUCUGAAAGAGUAUGCGAAUAAGGUGGAUGAUCAUUCUUUACCUCGCCUGAUUUCUGUAGUUUCAUCGGUUGCUUCAGGCUCUUCUACGAAAAACAUUCCUUUCGUUUUGUCAAAUUAUUCCUCAGAGUUAGGAUGUGACUAUAGAGGUUUACUGUUAGAUUCCAAACCUGUGGAUGAUCUUAUCAUUGAGAUGUAA